AUGAUAGGAUUAGGUAGGCAGUUUCAUGGGUCUACUUGUGCGAAAAAUGCUUCACCUACCAUGGGAAACAUGGCGAUGCGUAUUUUGCUACUCGGAAGUCCGGGCUCUGGAAAAGGAACCCAAUCCUCUCGCUUACAAAAAAACUUUAACCUCGGUGCGAUAUCAAGCGGUGACCUUUUACGACGAAAUAUAGCAAAUGGAACAGAGAUUGGGAAAUUUGCGGCGAAAGAAAUUGAACGAGGAGCAUAUGUCUCGGAUAAUAUUAUGAUCGAACUUAUAACCAAUGAACUUCGAACCAUCAAACGAAAGAAUUGGUUGUUGGAUGGCUUUCCACGAACCAUUAAUCAGGCCAUUGCACUGGAUGAUAAUCUGUCCUUGACUGGUCAACCUUUGAAUUUGGUGAUCAAUUUGCAAGUGCCUGAAGAGGUGAUAUUACAACGGAUCAUGGACCGAUGGGUGCAUGUGCCUUCAGGACGUGUUUACAACUUAAGUUAUAAUCCUCCGAAGAGACCCGGUCUUGACGAUGUUACCGGUGAAAAAUUGUCGAAAAGAACCGACGACAAUGCCGAGAUAUUUAAGAUUCGCCUUCAGAAGCAUCGAGAAUUAACGGAGCCUUUGCUUGAGUACUAUUCCAAACGUAAUAUGUUGGUUACCUUUACGGGAAGUACCAGUGAUGAAAUUUAUCCUAAAAUAGAAGGCGAACUUCUGAGAAGGUUUGGCGUCGAAAAUUUUAAUCAGGGAAGAAGACCUGAGAUCGUUAACGAAGAAGCCAAUAAUAUUCCUUUAAAUGAUGUAAAUUAG